CACUAGGGGUGUAGUGUUAGUAUGUGUGGAUGAGUGAGUUCAGUAAAGCUUCAGGGCGGUAGAGGAGUAAAGAUCCUCAGCUAAGCUGGGCACCUGAGCUGGGUGGAAAAUGGUUACCUGGUGAAGUUCUCUGACACUGCUGAUCUGCCAAGACAACCUCAGAACGUGUGAAGUGUGUGAAGUCAGCUUUACCUUAUUUUCCCAUCUGAACCUUCCUGAACUGUGCACUAUGGAGUGUUUGUGAAACGCCAGUAUUUUUGGAGCAGACCAGAAAGGAGGGAUUUAUCUGAAGAAAGAAGGCCAGCAAAGAGACGAUGUCGUCCAACAGGACCCAAAAUCCCCAUGGGCUCAAACAGAUCGGGCUGGACCAGAUUUGGGACGACCUGCGAGCGGGCAUUCAGCAGGUUUAUACGCGCCAGAGCAUGGCCAAGUCUCGAUACAUGGAACUCUACACACAUGUUUAUAAUUAUUGUACCAGUGUACAUCAGUCCAACCAGGCAAGGGGCGCUGGCGUACCCCCAUCUAAACCCUCCAAAAAGUCCCCCACUCCAGGCGGAGCUCAGUUUGUUGGGCUGGAACUCUACAAGAGACUGAAGGAAUUUCUGAAGAACUACUUAACAAAUCUUCUUAAGGAUGGUGAGGAUUUGAUGGACGAAAGUGUUCUGAAGUUCUACACACAGCAGUGGGAGGAUUACCGCUUCUCCAGUAAAGUAUUAAACGGCAUCUGCGCCUACCUCAACAGACACUGGGUGCGCCGGGAGUGCGAUGAAGGACGAAAAGGAAUUUAUGAGAUCUAUUCGCUUGCCUUGGUCACAUGGAGAGAGUGUUUAUUCAGACCUCUAAACAAACAGGUCACAAAUGCUGUAUUGAAACUCAUUGAACGAGAAAGAAACGGGGAAACUAUCAACACCAGACUGAUCAGUGGAGUCGUACAGUCCUAUGUCGAGCUGGGACUGAAUGAAGAUGAUGCCUUCGCGAAGGGGCCCACAUUAUCAGUGUACAAAGAGUACUUUGAGACCCAGUUCUUGGCAGACACUGAACGUUUCUAUACAAGAGAAAGCACUGAGUUCCUCCAACAAAACCCUGUAACCGAAUACAUGAAAAAGGCAGAGGCGCGGCUGUUGGAGGAGCAGCGGCGAGUGCAGGUUUACCUCCAUGAGAGCACACAGGACGAGCUCGCUCGAAAGUGUGAACAGGUUCUCAUAGAGAAGCACUUGGAAAUCUUCCACACAGAGUUCCAGAACCUUCUGGACGCCGACAAGAACGAAGAUCUUGGUCGGAUGUAUAACCUUGUGUCCCGCAUCACAGAUGGUUUAGGAGAACUAAAGAAACUCCUGGAGACUCACAUUCACAACCAGGGCCUGGCAGCCAUAGAGAAGUGUGGGGACUCUGCACUCAAUGAUCCCAAAAUGUAUGUGCAGACCAUACUGGAUGUGCAUAAGAAGUACAAUGCACUAGUCAUGUCAGCAUUCAAUAACGAUGCUGGCUUUGUGGCUGCUCUCGAUAAGGCCUGUGGGAGGUUCAUCAACAAUAAUGCGGUCACAAAAAUGGCUCAGUCCUCCAGCAAAUCUCCUGAGCUGUUGGCCAGAUACUGUGACUCUUUACUGAAGAAGAGCUCAAAGAACCCUGAGGAGGCGGAGCUGGAGGACACACUGAACCAAGUGAUGGUGGUUUUCAAGUACAUUGAGGAUAAGGACGUUUUCCAGAAGUUCUAUGCCAAGAUGCUGGCUAAGAGACUGGUGCACCAGAACAGUGCCAGUGACGAUGCAGAAGCCAGUAUGAUCUCCAAACUCAAGCAAGCGUGUGGGUUUGAGUACACAUCUAAAUUACAGCGCAUGUUCCAGGACAUCGGUGUCAGCAAAGACUUAAAUGAGCAGUUCAAAAAGCACCUUUCAAACUCGGAGCCUUUGGACUUGGACUUCAGUAUUCAGGUUCUGAGCUCUGGCUCUUGGCCCUUCCAGCAGUCUUGCACAUUUGCAUUACCAUCAGAGCUGGAGCGGAGUUACCAAAGAUUUACGGCUUUCUACGCCAGCAGACACAGUGGACGCAAGCUGACGUGGCUCUACCACUUAUCCAAGGGCGAGCUGGUCACAAACUGCUUCAAAAACAGAUACACCCUGCAGGCGUCCACCUUCCAGAUGGCCAUUCUACUGCAGUUUAACACAGAGAACAGCUACACAGUUCAGCAGCUGGCAGACAGCACUCAGAUUAAAAUAGAUAUUUUGGUUCAAGUUUUGCAAAUCCUGUUGAAAUCAAAGCUACUGGUUUUAGAGGAUGAGAAUGCAAACAUCGAUGAAAUGGACUUCAAACCUGAUACCUUAAUAAAGCUUUUCUUGGGUUAUAAAAACAAGAAGUUGCGGGUCAACAUCAAUGUGCCGAUGAAGACGGAGCAGAAACAGGAGCAGGAGACCACGCACAAGAACAUAGAAGAGGACAGGAAGCUUCUCAUACAGGCUGCUAUCGUCAGAAUCAUGAAGAUGAGGAAAGUUCUCAAGCACCAGCAGCUCCUCGCAGAAGUGCUAAACCAGCUCUCCUCACGGUUCAAACCUCGCGUCCCUGUCAUCAAGAAAUGUAUCGACAUUUUGAUAGAGAAGGAAUACCUGGAGCGCGUUGAUGGAGAGAAAGACACCUACAGCUACCUGGCUUAAGCAUCUUUGCUCAUUUUUAACGUUUGGCUUGUAAAUGUCAUUCCUUAAGCAUUCGGCUUAUGUUGUAAGGAAUGUGCACAUGGAACGGGAAACGACGGACGGACGGACGGAUGAUUUGCAUUGUAAAAUCACUGCUGGUGAGUCAGCAGCAGCUGUAUUGCUGGACCUCCCUUUAAAAACAAACGGACUGCUAUUGCUGCCAGCACUGUCCUGAAGUCCCAUCUCAACUGCUCAGGAUCGCCAUCAUCUUUUUUGAUAUGUAAAUAAGACACUGAAAGGCACCCUUACCAUAGUCAGACCCUUCAGGGUUGCAUGCUACUGCCUAUCAUCUAAACAGAAAAAGACUAGCUGAUUUAAUUUAAUCAAAAUAAAUGACUUUGAUGAACUGACAACUGACUUUGAGAAUAUUGUUGGUUGAAAAAAAGCGAAAACAACAAAAAAAAAUGCAUUUAAGAAGAAAAAAAAUAAUUUAUGAAUUUUGGCAGCACUCAGAAUAUAAUCGUGUCAAACUGGCCCUUGUAGAACUGUGUAACCAGCCUUUAUCUGCUCCAAGAACAUUUGUAUAGUGUGGUUUGUUUUAUAAAUGUCAUGAAUAAAAUUUAAAAUUUUCUUUA